CUGGUUCUCCAGAGCCAGGUCUACGGCUCAGGAAAGGACACAUGUCUAGCACUGCAACAGAGUCAAAUAUUGAAGAGGACAGCUCUGAGCAGAGGCUUCUUCUAGUGGAGCCACCUCUGUCUUCUGACCAGGAAAAUUCUUGCCUGUGGUACAAAGGUGUUUUCAUACUGAGGCAAAGUUCUUCCUGAACAUGGAUCAAGAGGAGAAUGAGAGAACAUCUGUCAGCAGCUGAAGGAAGCAGCGAGAACUUUAAAACAGAAGCAGACUGAAUCAUGCUUUGAAAAUUCCCAUGAUAGUAGCUUUAGGGCAUCAGUGACAUCUUGAUAGUGAUUUGGCAUCACAAACUGUUGAGCUUUCAGCUGUGGGAUUUUCUUAACUCCAGAAGUUAAUACCAUGUAGGUAUGUGCACUGUGAGUUAGGCCCUCAAGUAACUGAGUGAUGACUUUGCCCAAAAGGGAGCCUUAUCACGGGUGAGUUCUGCCCUUUCUUGGUUUAGGUGACUCAUGUUACAGUUACUCGUGUCAUUAGUUAGCACAUGCCCUUCUGGUUCUGCUUCAAAUACCAUACAACCAAUGGAAGUUAUGAAAUUUCUGAAAGAGCAGUCCUGAAAGCUGCUGAAAGUUUUGAGACUACAGCAGCCCAUGGAAGUGUGUAUUAGUUUAACUUUCCUUAUUCCAUGCCUGCUAGGGUUCUUAGGCUCCUUUCUAGCUGGCUAACAUUACCAAAAGGGAGACUAGAGGUCAUUUAGCAUGCAACUGAUAAGUACCGAAAGGACACUCAUUCUUGAAAGUGGUCCACAGAAAGUAGUCUACAGCAGAGCUCAGUAAAACAGGUGCUGAUGCUCCCUUUGUUUCUGUUAUGCUACCUUGAGCUCCUUAAAUCUCUUGGUGAUCUGAUUCAACUUGAUAAUGUAAAGGGAAGCUGAGGCAGCAAAAAUGUAAGUAACUUCAGCCAGAUUAGCGGGUAGGAUCAGCUAAUCAAUCCAAGAGUCAGAGUGCCAGAAGCAGUGAGACAGAAGGUAGGGGUGAGGGAGACAGGACCACUUGUGGUGCAGUAAGCUUUAUGGGUUGCUUCAUUCAAGUAUGAUUUCUGUUUCGGUUUGCACAUUGUAAUGAACACAGCACAGGUAGAUGAUUUUUUUUUGGUGAAAUUGCAGUCUGAAGUAAUGAACAGCAGCUUGCUUCUUGCCUGUACAAGAUCAUAAUCAUGUGCAAACUCUAAUUAAGCUUUCUCUAAAUCUUUAAACUGACUUCAAGGAACUACAUUUGUACCAUUUGAAGUCCAAAGAAUACAGCUUUCUCAGAAGUGGGCAAAGAGUUUCUGAAAUCUCUUUCUACUAUUGUGGCUUGACUUCUGGCAAGCUUUUCCAUGAGUUCGGAGGAGGAUAACCACAAUGAUGAAUUGCCUCAAGAAGAUGAAGGGUUUAUGGGUAUGUCACCUCUUCUACAAGCCCACCAUGCUAUGGAGAGAAUGGAAGAAUUUGUGUGUAAGGUAUGGGAGGGCCGAUGGAGAGUCAUCCCCCACGACGUUCUGCCUGACUGGCUAAAGGACAAUGACUACUUGUUGCAUGGGCACAGACCACCCAUGCCUUCGUUCCGGGCUUGUUUCAAGAGUAUCUUCAGAAUACACACAGAGACUGGUAACAUCUGGACGCAUCUUCUAGGAUGUGUGUUCUUCCUGUGUCUGGGAAUCUUCUACAUGUUCCGGCCAAACAUGUCCUUUGUAGCACCUGUGCAGGAGAAAGUGGUUGUUGGAUUGUUCUUUCUGGGAGCCAUACUUUGUCUCUCCUUCUCCUGGCUCUUCCACACAGUUUAUUGCCACUCGGAAGGUGUUUCUCGGCUCUUCUCCAAGCUGGAUUAUUCCGGCAUUGCACUUCUCAUUAUGGGCAGCUUUGUACCGUGGCUGUACUACUCCUUCUAUUGCAACCCGCAGCCUUGCUUCAUCUACUUGAUUGUGAUUUGUGUCCUGGGCAUUGCAGCCAUAAUUGUCUCACAGUGGGACAUGUUUGCAACCCCUCAAUACCGGGGUGUAAGGGCAGGAGUAUUUCUAGGACUGGGUCUUAGUGGGGUUAUUCCCACCCUGCACUUUGUCAUCUCUGAGGGGCUCCUGAAGGCAGCCACAAUGGGGCAGAUAGGCUGGCUGGCACUCAUGGCAUGCCUGUACAUCACUGGUGCUGCACUAUAUGCUGCCCGCAUCCCGGAGAGAUUCUUCCCUGGCAAGUGUGAUAUCUGGUUCCACUCCCAUCAGCUGUUUCACGUCUUUGUAGUGGCUGGUGCUUUUGUGCAUUUCCAUGGAGUUUCGAACCUUCAGGAAUUCCGUUUCACGGUUGGAGGAGGCUGCACAGAGGAGGAGGGAAUGCAGUAAAACCAGCCUUCAGCCCAAGAUCGUAACCAAAACAAUACCGCAAGCGCGGUUGAAGCAUACUGGCUAGCAAAAUGAAUACCUAAGAAGAAUCCAAGUUUCAGCUGAUGGAGCAUGGAGCUUCACGGGGAUUCUGACUAACCAAGAUAAAUUCUAUACCUCAAGCAAUGGAAUGAAUCAAUUUGAAGACCAGGAAAUUCUGAAGCCCUAAUUUAUUCUUGGGAUCUACAGAUUGAGCUACAGAGGACCCUUUUCAAAUCGGCUUCUGUUCAACGCCAUAUUUAUUUGUAGAUGUUGGGAGGGAUAGCUUAGCAGUUUCCUUUUUUUUUUUUUUUUUUUUUUUUUUUUUUUUUUAUCAAGGUUAAAUUUAUAUCCUCUUGGAGGGUUUGGGAUUUGAUUUUAGAUGCUCUUUUGGGAGAAAAAGAAAUUGUAAAUAAGAUUUCUAACUUUCUGUUUAAAUAAAAUUUAUAUAAAUGUUUUAAACAAUGGGUGGGGGGAGAAAGGGUUUUUGUAAAGAAUGCAACAUGCAAGUACCACACACUGUUUCAAUUUUGCACAAAAUAAAUGACUGCAGGAGGACCAGGUAAAAUUCCCAGGAGUGAGGUAUGUUGUCCCUGCAGAUUUUUCCUGGUGGCCAACAUGCCCUGGGCAAUAUGGGGUCCUGGCAGUACUUGGCAUAGGUUCAGUAUGUGUGCACAAGGGCUGUGAAGGCUGGAUUAAUCAAGUUGUCAUUUAGGUCACAGUGUUAGCAAGUUUAUUUACUCAAGUUACUCAAAAGGUACACCUGAGCCCUGCUCAAGCGUGUGGGACAGCUGCCUUCCAAGCUUGUAUAGGCCUGUAUGGUUUUGGGUAAUGGAACCUACAGUAAGUUGUUUUGGUUCUCACCAUCUGAAUUGGAGCGUGAUGGGAUAAUGGCGUGUGGAAUGGCAAACAGACCAACUCCAUCAGUGCCUGUCUACACCCAAAGGCCUCAGCUGAGUACGUGGUUGCUGUCUGUGGGCCUGCCCUGUUUUGUCUGAAAAAAAUGGUGGUAAUGCACUUGUCAAAAGUUGUUGAGCAUGUGAGAGGAAACAGAGAUGGGGUUGAGAUAGACAGGAAAGAAGAAGCUGUGUUCUCUAAGACUUGGAGUUAACAGUUACUGCAGACCUGAAGCACAUUUACCUUCUCAUGUGUUAGGCUCCAUAUGCCAAGGGGGUUUGCAGGUUUUUCUUUUUAAGAGAAAAAUUUACAAUCAGCCCAAUGUGGUUCCCUUUUUUUUUUUCUCCUCUCUUUAGGUCUGCUCUGCUUCCCAUCUGUGCUUUAGCAGUGGGAUUCCUGGUAUUGCUUAAAAUCUAGAAGUAGAGUUCAGUUAGAUUGCUGUGGAGCAGACACACCUCCUGUAUAAGGGGAGGCAUAUACCCUUCUCUUGUUUAAUUGAUGUAGCUUGAUCUUUGGAGCCCAGUCAGUAGCCAGACUGAAGGAGAAUCUUUGGAGUUGUUAGAUGAAACUUGAACGUUUUGUUUUGUUUGUUAUGGCACAGCUAUUGCUUGGAGUAUUUAGUUGGAAUUUCAGAGCAAUUACCUCUCUUGUAGAUGAGUUGAACAGCUCAUAAAAUGUUUUAGUUCACAAAGCAGGAAGGUGUAAAGGUGUUUUUUUAUUUUUUUUCUUUCUUUCUUUUUCUUUCUUUUUUUCCUUUAAGUCUCCUGCAAGUUUAAAUUUUCAUCCUUCAGGAAAAAAUGUGAAUUGCAAAGAUCUUCCAGUACCGUGGAUAUCCCUGAGUUUUUCAGGGAAUUACUUUGCAUAAUGGAGUCAAAUAGAAGCAGAAUGACUUCCUAAAAUUUACUGGAUAUUAUGACUUCACCUUGAAUGGAAUCUGUUUAAAGCCUUUGAAAGCAAGGUCAGCUGCAGAAAGAUGUGUUGCAGCAGUGGCUGUAAGAUGGAGGGAUGUGUUCUCAGUCGGAUCACUACACUGGCUGCCAGUAGGCCAGGAGGAGAAGUUUAUCAUGAGUCUGUGUGGUCCUAAAAUGAAAUAAAGAGCAGUAUUAACUGGAUGCGAGGGCUAAUCAGCAUUGGCAUCCCUGACAAAGAUGUAAAGAAUUGCCUGGCAGGAAAUAUGCUGUUAUCUGAGAAAAGCAUGGUACAUAUCAGAAGCAGACUUGUCCAUAAGGCACUUCGGGAUACCUCUGUAUUGGUACCAGCAGAAGUGGCAGUCUCCAUCCUGGAUCAUCCCACGCUCACUCCCUGAAGGGUGAUUGUAACCUGGUCCUAACAGCACAGAACUAUUACAAAAACACAGUACUCCACCUGCUAUUCUUCACCCCAUCAGUCUCUCCGUUCGAGAAGUUUGUGUGUUCCAGUAAAAACAACCUAGCUGUGCACUUUUCUGUAGCUCUUGCUGAGAACUCUUCCCAGGUUGGCACCUGAAUGCCUUACUCUCAGCAGUCAGAGGCUUGCUUGCUCUGUGUGCAGGUUAUUGCCAUAGAAUAGUUAGGACCUACAGCUUCUUUCCUUCCCCAUUAAAUAGUGGCCUUGUUCAGUAUAUUUCUUUUUAAAAAUUGCUUACUGUUGGAAGCAAUGAAGCACAUUCUGGGGUUUCGAUGGUUGGGGACUCUGGUGAUGGUUCCAUAUAAGAUGGGAUCUUAUUACUUGCUGUAUUCUUAACUUCUGCUAAUAAAAGAACCAAAUGGAA